ACACUUGGAAUCAGAUAUGAACAAGAACUCAAUGGUGCAAAAUAACAAGGCAAGAACGACUCACCAAAGAAAAAGGGGAAUAGCUUUUCCAAGAGAGGUUAAUCCUCCGGCCUGACAUGCCCCGCAACAUCCUCAGCAUCCACUGACAUCGUGCCACGUGUGGAGUUGGCUAUAUCCUUCCUCCUCCAUUCUGCUCCUGCAUCCACAGAGGAAUUGAAGGGGAGGGAGCGAAGAUGGGGAAUUGCCAAGCGUCGGAGGUGGCCAUGGUGGUGAUUCAACACCCCGGAGGGAAGGUGGAGAGGCUUUACUGGCCGACGAGCGCCGCCGACGUGAUGAAGAGCAACCCGGGGUACUGCGUGGCCCUUGUCACGCACUCUGUCUCAGAGCAGAAGCAGGACGGCGGCGGCAUCGUAAGGUUCACCCGCGUGCGACUGCUGAAGCCCAAGGACAUGCUUUUGCUCGGCCAAGUCUACCGGCUGAUCACCUCCCAAGAAGUUACACAAGCUGUAAUGCAAAGAAAGCACGACAAGCUCAGGAAGAACCAGCUGCAACGCGAUGAAGAACACAGAAGAAAUGCGCAGGUUGUUGAGACUGCUCGAGAGGAACAACAGGAGGAUUCAGAAAACAAAUUUCAGAUGACAAGGGAGGACAGAGACCGGCGAACCAGCAGCACACAGGCGGCGGCGAGAGGCCGCCAUUGGAGACCUUCCCUGCAGAGCAUCUCAGAAGCAGUGAGCUAAUAAAGCCACAACCUUGUGCAGUUUCCACACAGAUCUUGAUAAGAUUCAACAGGUCUGCUGUGAAGUUCUUCUAGAUGCGUCAGAAAUGAGAAUUCUUGGAUCAUCAUGAAGAAGGUCUUGUAAAUUUAUGUAAAAGUAGACGUUAAGAAUGGAUUGUAGUUUCACAGUGAAGUAUGAACAAUGACCAAGAUCGCAGGUACAUCACCAAAACAAAAACGCAAUAGAUUGUGAAAAUCUAAAUGGCCCAUAGUAUUGUUGGGAAGUCAAGAUCACAGUGUGCUGGUCCACAGACUCCAAAUUCGAG